AUGGCUGCGGCGGCGCCUGGCCGGAGGCGGGGCGUCAUCUACGGCUACCGACUGGGCUCACGCGCACCCGUGGCAGGGGCCGGCAGCGGCGGCGACGGGGCCAGAGGCGCGCGCUCGCGCCCGUGGGGCAGCACUUGUGCCCCUCUCGCGUCGCUCACGCCCCGCGGCUGCGGUGGUGAGCUGGGAAGGUUCGGCCACGGCGAGAACAGCGGCUCCGUCAAGGCGCUGGCGGCCGCGGGCGAGCGGGUCUUCUCCGCGCACCAGGACGGCCGCGUCCGCGUCUGGCGCGUCUCCCGCCGCUCUCGCUCCGAGAAUGCCUUCAAGCUCGUCGCCGCGCUGCCCACCUCCAGGGACUACCUGGGCCGGGUGCUCUGCCAGGCCAGCUACGUGCAGAAGACGGCGCAGCGCAGCCACUGGCGCCUCUGGAUCGAGCACGCCGACAGCAUCUCCUGCCUCGCCGUCGCCACCACCGACCGCACGCUCAAGGUCUGGCGCAUCGCUGACCUCAAGUGCCUCGAGUACAUCCGUGCCCACGACGACGCCGUCGCCGCCGGCGCCGGCGCCGGCGCCGGCGUCGUCUACUCCGGCUCCGCCGACGGCCACUUCAAGGAAUGGGAGAAGGGCAAGGCGUCGCAUUUCCUCCAGGGCGUCCUCGUCGCUCGUGAUGUGUUGUGUCUCUACGUCGUUAGGGACCUGCUCUGCACCGGCUCCACCGACAAGACCAUCGGCCUUUGGCGCCGGCAGAGCAGCGGUGAGCUGGCCAAGGUGGGCGUCAUUGGAGGCCAUGAGGGCCCUGUAAAAUGCAUCCAGGCGUCCUGGUGUAGGCUCAGCAAUGGUUGCAUGGUCUACAGCGGGAGCCUUGACAAGACCAUCAGAGUUUGGUGGGUGGCCGGUGCUUUGCAGCAUGACAAUGGCAACGAGUAG